AUGAGUACUCACAUUAAAAUAUACCAGCACAACGUGAACCGCGACCGCAUUGCGAGUCAUCAACUUCGCGAAGCCUGCAAAGUGAAUAAAAUUGAUUACUUACUGAUCCAAGAGCCACUAGUUAUCAGCGGGAAGGUCUACGCCUUUGAGAGCUGCAGAUCGCAUAUCAGUAAAAGCAAUGGCGCCGCAAUAAUCGCAUUCACCAACAGAUACCAAGCGCUUAAACUAAGCAACUUCUCGUCAAGUCAUAUUGUCGCCAUCAAAGUCGCCUAUGGUAGCGGCAAUUACGAACACGUCGUGCUAGCUUCGGCCUACUUUAAGUACAGCCUACCGACAACUGCUCACGUUGAGCAACUUGAACACAUUAUCGCAAAGGAAAAAAGGACUGUGAUCUGUGCCGAUACUAACGGUCAUUCAGAUCUAUGGCUCUCGAACAAACGAAACCGCCGAGGAAAGAUUGUAGAACAAUUCAUACGAAAACACGGCCUUAUCGUUCACAACUGUCCCGGUACGAUAAACACCUUUUGUCGCCGUGAUGGACGAACAUCUAAUAUAGAUGUCACGAUGUCUACAGCCAACACGGCCAGUCUCGUCAAAGAUUGGACAGUCAUAGACCUGACUGAUAGUGACCACCGUGUCAUUAGCUUCAAACUGGCAGUGAAAAAGCCGGUAGAGCGAGUCCCAGCUGAGAUUAGGUAUGACGUCAGAUCUGCCGACUGGGAUCUCUUCAAGACCUCUCUACUAGGUGAAAUCGGUCGCAUACCAGACAGCAGUAUCAGCAUAACCACAACGGCUGAUGGCAUCAUACGUGCAAUAACCAUGGCGGCUGAUAGGUCAAUUCCUAAAAAGAGACAAACCGCAAUAACGGGCAGAAGUCCAUAG